CGACGGCUUCCAAGCAGUCGACCACAGAUACCGAGGCUGACGCACACCGCGACCGUACCGAAACCCCGUCAACUUCUUUCUCGUGUUGGAAUUGUGGUAAAACCGGCCACCGUUAUAGUGCCUGUGAGGAUACGCGUAAAAGGUUUUGUUAUCGCUGUGGUCGCGAUGGGGUUACGUGCAACACUUGUCCUAGGUGUACGGGAAACGCUUAAGGAGAGCGCCGAAUCGGACGCGGUCGCCUCCAGUAUCGCGAAGCAAGAUUGCGACGUCCGAAUCUUUCGACCUAUUUUGUAGUCCCUUGAAGUCAUCCUCUUCGAGUAUAUUACCGUUCGUAGAAAUUAAAAUCGCAGGCCACACGGUACUAGCAUUAGUCGACUCAGGUUCUAGUAGGACUUUUAUCGGAACGGAACUAGCCGAACUAUUGCGUAGUCAGAAUUAUUCGUUCAAAAGUAUCGAAAAGACACCGGUGAUGGUAGCCACAGGACAUUUAGAGGAGGUGAAGGAGCAGGUGGAGAUCCCAAUACAGCUCCACAAUCGUGAACAACUCGUGACAGCAAGGUUAUUCACCCCACUCGCGUUACCUUGCGUACUAGGUAUAGACUUUCUAGAAAAAUUCAAUAUUCGUAUCGACUUUGCUCGUCGUAACUGGUGUUUUGCUUCCGAUC